UAUGCCUAUUUUACCCACCAACCUUACAAAUUCAUUCAUCAACCUCUCUGAAAGUUCCAAAACCAAUCUCUCUCUCUCGCCACCACCAUCACCACCACCCCCUCUCUAACAGAAGUUGAAGAAGCAACCAUUUUGGUUUCCCCUAUCCUGAAAUCAUGCCCUCCAACGCCCCUCCAUCCUCCGUCCUCCUCCACCGAAUCAACCCGGACCCUACCCAGGCCGUGGCCGCCGCCACGACGGCCACCAUGUGCCACGACUACCCGGAGCGCACGCCCCUCGCGUGCCCCGUCCCCGAGGCGGCCGCCCUCCACCACACCUACGCCGUCGGCCCCAACCAGUGCUGCUCCGCCGUGGUGCAGCGCAUCGACGCCCCGCUCCCCACCGUCUGGUCCUUCGUCCGCCGCUUCGACAACCCCCAGGCCUACAAGCACUUCGUCAAGAGCUGCCACGUCCUCGCCGGCGACGGCGGCGUCGGCACCCUCCGCGAGAUCCGCGUCGUCUCCGGCCUCCCCGCCGACAACAGCACCGAGCGCCUCGAGAUCCUCGACGACGAGCGCCACGUCAUCAGCUUCAGCGUCGUCGGCGGCGAGCACCGCCUCGCCAACUACAGGUCCGUCACCACGCUCCACACCGCUGGCGACGGCGAAGGCGACGGCGAAGGCACCGUCGUCGUCCAGUCGUACGUCGUCGACGUCCCUCCCGGCAACACCAAGGAAGAGACCUGCGUCUUCGCGGACACCAUCGUCCGCUGCAACCUCCAGUCCCUCUCUCAGAUCUCACAGAACUUGGCCAAGAACAUCAACGACGACAAUAACAAGAACAACACACCCUUCUCUUCGUGAGCGAUCGAUUGUUUCGCAUCCGUUCUUGAUUCUUGUGAUUUUUUGACCUUUUCCUUUAUAUUUUUCUCUCUCUUUUCGAUUUAUUAUUUAGUUAUUAUAAACGUGUUCUUCGAGUGUUCCGGACUCCCUGUUGAUACGCCCGUGGUUUUUUGUGAGUAGCCGAUGUGUGUGUGUUGCCCGUCGCCGAUCAAGAAACGUUUCGCUCCAAUCCAAGUCUGGUUCUAUAUUAUUAUUACUAAAAUUACUUGCACUUGGUCUUUUAGGGUUUGUCUAGUCUUGAUCUGAAUUAUUUUUUUUUUUUCACCCUUUUCUGUGAAUUUUUAUCAAUAACAGCAAUGACAUACUGCAUUUCUGGAA